CCCAUCGUGUUUACGAUGCCUUUGUGUCGUAUUUUCAACGUCCCCAAAACCCAAGCUGACAGCCUGGUGGCUCACAUCGGUGAACACAACACUUUCGUCGAAGAAGGCACCAAACAACAUAUCCAGGCUUCCAAGGUGAUCAGCCACCCUUCCUACAACAUUAUGCUGGUCAAGCUCUCGAAACCAGUGCGGUUCACUCAGUAUGUCCGUCCUAUCGAGCUCUCCAGCUCCUGCCCCUGUGCAGGGCUGCAAUGCCUGGUCUCAGGCUGGGGGAACCUCCCCAACGACAGAGGAGUCCAGUAUCCUGCUGAUCUCCAGUGCCUUGAUGUCCCGAUAUUGUCUAAAACUUCCUGUCAAAGCGCCUACCCAGGCCAGAUCUCAAGAAACAUGUUCUGUGCUGGUUUCCUCGAGGGUGGAAAAGACAGUUGUCAGUGUUCCUCAGCGUGACUGUCGAGUUGAUCUGCACCAGUGAGAAGUGCCUCAGCAAUGCUGUGUCCCCUGAAGGGCGCUACGCUAAUGCAGGCUGCUCUAACUGUAUUCUGAUGGCGUGUUGGGUU